UUGACCUUGACACUACAAAAGUCAUUGGGAGCCCGAUAAUGGGAGAGGCUGCGAUCGAUCUGGAUCUUGAUGUAUACUACAAGGAUGAGGCCGGUUCUGCGGACAAUAUUGCGGAGGCUCCCCUACACAUCGUCAUGGCCAUGGACGAUUACGGGGCAGAACUGAAGGGGGAGGAGGACCCGGUCUCACAUGACGUUUCAGCAGGUAACAAGGCCCAGGCUGAACCAUGGGAUGCGCGGCUUCCAUUGACGGAGUCGAGGAAGGGAAACGCGAUGAAGGCCGUUUUUCAUGUGGUAUGCUCAGGGAUCGGGGUUCAGACUCUAUUGCUCCCCGUUGCCUUAGCGACUCUCGGAUGGACAUGGGGAAUCUUGAUUUUGACCGCAGCAUUUGCUUGGCAGCUCUACACCAUAUGGAUCCUCGUUCAUCUCCAUGAAUCGCCCUCCGGGAUCCGCUACAGCAGAUACCUCCAGCUCACUAUUCAUGCCUUUGGACCAAAGCUGGGGAAAUUGCUAGGGAUCUUCCCUGUGAUGUACCUAUCGGGGGGCACGUGCGUGAUGCUGAUCAUCACGGGAGGUGGGGCCAUGCGGACGUUGUUUAGGAUCAUCGCCUGCGGAGAUGCUGCCACGUGUCAUGCCGUGUCACUCACCGGAGCCGAGUGGUUCCUGGUCUUCACCUGCAUAGCCAUCGCCGUAGCUCAGCUCCCCAACCUGAAUUCCAUAGCCGGAGUCUCACUUAUAGGGGCCAUCACCGGUGUGGCGUACUGCACCAUCAUCUGGGUUUUAGCCGUGCAAGAGGGCCACGCAGGCAGCUUGUCCCACGAGCCGCUGGUGCUGGCCGCGGGGAAGUCCGGUUGGGCAAGAGCCGGCGAUGCUCUGAAUGCUGUUGGGAUCAUUGCUCUAGCAUUCCGAGGCCAUAAUCUCAUUCUCGAGAUACAGGGGACACUACCUUCGAGCCCAAAAGAGCCAUCCAAAGGGCCGAUGUGGAAGGCAGUGAUGAUAUCUUAUUCACUAAUCUCCCUCUGUUUUUAUCCUCUUGCAAUUGCCGGCUUUUGGGCUUCUGGCAACAACGUAAUCAUACCGAGUGGAGGAAUGUUGAGAGCAAUAUCAAACUCGGAUAGGCAGCACGUGUCCAAGUUCCUCUUGGGCCUUAUCCUCGUCCUGGUAAUACUUAACAGCCUGUGUGUGUUCCAGAUCUACGCAAUGCCUGUGUUCGACAACUUUGAGAUUCGCUACACCAGCAUCACGGGCAAACGCUGGUGCAACCUCUCAGCGCGCACAUGCCUCCGCCUUUUGUUUGGCCUGCUCGCAUACCUCAUCUCCGUUGCCUUCCCAUUUCUCGGGAGCCUUGCACCCCUGAUCGGGGGCCUGACCUCACCGUUGACUUUUGCAUACCCAUGCCUCAUGUGGGUGAGGAUCAGGAAGCCCCAGAGGGCAAGCGCUACGUGGUGGUUCAACUCCGUCAUUGGUUGCCUCGGGUUGAUCCUCUCGGCAUUUUUGGUGGCCGCAGCGCUAUGGAAUCUGAUCGAUAAAGGCCUUGAUGCUAACUUCUUCAAGCCCUAACAAGAAGAACCAAAUUCAGAGAAGUAAGAUAGCAUAGCUUUAAAGUGAUUACAAUGUACAUCAAGAAGAAAUAACUAAUCAAAAACAAGAGUUUUGUCGAUACAAGCAGGUGAAGAAUUGAAGAGGCUGAUAUCUGGAAGAUACAGCGACUUGAUCCAAAAAAACACUCUCGAUAAAAGAUCUCUAUGGUAAUACGGUAACAUAUCGAGUGUAAUCCAAUCAAUUGCACAUCUUAAAAGGAGUUGCCCAGAAGAUAAA